AUGUCGACGCUUAUGAGGACAUUGCGGAACCUCCGCAGAAUUGGCUUCAAGGAAUAUGGCCACCAGAUGCAGAAUAUCGGCGACACCAAAGCCGGAACGUACAUAGGCGCAGACAAGUACGGAAACAAGUUCUACGAGAACAUGGCCGAGGAGCUCCCGCUCAGGACCCGCUGGGUAGACUACAAGGACAAGGAGUUCGAUCCUUCUCAGAUCGAGCCCGGAUGGCACGCGUGGAUGUCAUACAUGGUCGACAAGGCUCCCAGCGUGGACCCUAUCCUCCAGAGACAAGUGCGCGUAUGGGAGCCUAAGGAGCACCGCCCGACGUUGACAUGGAGCCGCUCUGGAUACAAGCCGUACAGCACGGUUAAGAACAAGUACUCACCAUGGGUACCGGUAGCGAAGGCGCGACAGUAG